GAAGCUCUUAAACUUCCAUUGAUGCCAUCCUCCAGUCUCCAUCUUUUCUCUUCACUGGGUUCGAAAGCAGCGGUGGUUUUCAAAGACAACAAAGGCAACUGAUCUAAAUAUUCAGGUGUUCAUGGGGCUGGAAAUAGACAUAAAUUUGGCUGCUAAGGAAGAUGAUAAUUAUAAUGAAGAUGACAUGGAUGAUGAUAAUUAUUAUGAAGAUGGUAUGAAUGACGAUAAUUAUAAUGAAGAUGGUGUAGGAGAAGAAUUUGGUCAUAGUAAUGGUGGUGAAAGCUCCAUUAAUAUGAAAAAAAAUUCAGAGCCAUAUGUUGGAAUGGAAUUUAAUUCUGAUGGCAUUGCACAGUCAUUUUAUUUAGAGUAUGCCAAGAUGACAGGGUUUGCUGCUUCAAAAAUAGCUUGUCGUCGGUCAAAGGUAACUAAAGAAUGGGUCGAGGCAAAGUAUGCUUGUACAAGAUUUGGGUCAAAGCGAAAAACUGACGCUCGUAACCCCCGUCCCUGCAUGAAAAUAGACUGCAAGGCAAUGUUGCAUGUCAAAAGAAGGCAAGAUGGGAAAUGGGUUGUUCAAAAUUUUGUGAAAGAGCAUAAUCAUGAACUUUCUCCGGAGGAUGUCCACUACUUUCCAUGUUAUAGAAACAUUGCUUCUGGUGACUUGAACAAUAUUAGUACUUUGCAUUCAGUUGGAGUGAAACCAAGUAAGAUUUUUGCUGCUUUAGCCAAACAGUGUGGAGGAUAUCAGAACAUUGGUUUUUUACAAAAAGAUAUGAGAAAUUUUUUGGAUAAGAAACGUCGGUUAGAAUUGGAAUCUGGCGUUGCUAAGGCAAUGUUGGAGCAUUUUACUAGGAUGCAAGAAGAGAAUCUUAAUUUCUUCUACGCAAUGGAUCUAGAUGAAGAACAACGCUUGAGAAAUGUGUUUUGGGUUGAUGCAAAAGGCCGGGAGGACUACAAGAUUUUUGGAGAUGUGGUUUCUUUUGAUACGACAUAGAUCACAAACAAAUAUAAGAUGCCUUUUGCUCCUUUUAUUGGAGUGAAUAAUCAUUUCCAGUCUACAUUACUUGGUUGUGCACUCCUUGCAGAUGAAACUACAUCGAAGUUCAUUUGGUUAAUGGAGACAUGGGUUAGAGCAAUGGGUGGAAGAGCUCCUACUGCCAUUUUAACUUAUCAAGAUCAAGCCAUGAAAACUGCAAUUGCAAAAGUUUUUCCAAAUGCUAGACACAGGUUCUGUUUAUGGCAUAUAUUGAAGAAGCUCCCAGAAAAACUUGGUAGUUUUUUGAAAGAAAAUGAAAAUUUUAUGCCGGUAUUUAAUGAUUGUAUCUACCAUUCGUGGACAGAGGAGGACUUUGAGAACAAAUGGCAAAGUAUGAUUGAGAUCUUUAAUUUGGGAGAUGAUGACUGGCUUCAAUCUUUUUUUUAGGGAAUACGCUGGACUAAAUGCUCAAUUUGCACCACAAAAGAAGAAAGUUGGAUUUGCAGCAUAAGGGAGCAAAAUUGACUAGUUUUUGUUUGGGAAAGCUACCUAUAUCGAUCAAAUAGUGCUGAACAAGUUUUGAUCAUGUGUUAAUUAAUAGUACUAUGGUUCAUGGUUAUUAACCAGUUGUUAUAGCCAUGACAUAAAUUCUACUUUGUCCUUGAUUCC